GUUCUGCGAGUGCAAAUUCUUCUGAUGUGAGGGGACAGGCUGCAGUAUUAUCCCCACAAGGAGCGGAGAGCAGGACCGCACUGUCUGUAUCCGCGGGAAGUAAUGUGAGCACUGCCGGUGUCCUGUCAGCCCUACAACCAGUUUACAGUGGAGAAAGAUGGCAACGCAGCAGGUCCUUCCCCAGGACUUAUACAUGAGCAACAUGCUGAAGGCGGUGAAAAUCCGAGAGAGAACCCUGCAGGACAUAGUGAAGCCCAGCAACGGAAUCAUCCACCACUUGCGAUCCAUGCACCGAUACACUAUUGAACUCUUUAUGGUCUGUCAGUUUUGUACAAGAUUCCGGGAGAUUCUGCAAAAGACUCUUUUUGAUAGAUCCCUGCAAGUUGCCCUGGAAAGCCACAAGAAGCUAAAUGCAUGUAAAGAAGUAAAAAAACUCGCCCCCCUACGGACAAAUGGUGAUGGAAACUGUUUAUUGCAUUCUGUGUCCAUGUAUAUGUGGGGUGUUCAGGACACGGACUUGGUGCUCAGGAAGACGCUGCACAGUGUUCUGAAGACAACAGAUACGCGCAACUUUAAAUUCCGCUGGCAGCUGGAGUGCGUAAAAUCCACAGUGUUUCAACAGACGGAACUGCGAUAUGACACCCGGAACUGGGAUGAUGAAUGGGAACAUCUUGUCAAUAUGGCAUCCACAGACACCUCAGUAGGCAACAGUGGUCUCCAGUACAAUUGCCUUGAAGAGAUACACAUAUUUGUGUUGGCCAACAUCCUUCGGAGGUCAAUUAUUGUUCUUGCAGAUAACAUGUUUCGAAGCUUGGAGUCUGGCUCCAGUUUUUCACCUCUUAAUGUUGGUGGAAUUUACCUACCUCUUCAUUGGCCUGCACAGGAAUGCUAUAAAUACCCCAUUAUCCUUGGCUACGACAGCCAGCACUUUGCACCUCUUGUCACUAUGAAAGACACAGGACCAGAAAUCCGAGCUGUUCUAUUGGUGUUCAGUGAAAAUGGCAGAUUUGAAGAUAUGAAAGUGCACUUUUUAACGGACCAUGAAGAGAAAUCCAGGGAGAAGCUGCUUAAAGAGUAUUUGCAUGUGCUAGAGGUACCUGUGCAUUCCUGGGAGUAUGGUACCACUCACCUAGUAAAUGCUGCCAGGCUUGAUGAAAACAAUUUACCCAAGGAAAUUAAUUUGGUGGAAGAUUACUUUCAGUUGGUUCAGCAUGAGUACAAGCGGUGGCAGGAGACCAAGGGUGGGAAAAGCCGAUUUGAGAUGGUCCUUCCUCAGCUGUCUCUUGUCGAAGUGAAAUGUGAGACAUUAAAUUGUCCUUUCUUCAUGUCUGUGAGCACACAACCCUACUGCCACGAGUGCUUUGACAAGAAACAGAAGUCCGUUGACAGGACUAAAACCCAAAUACAGAAAGGUGAAGCUGUACAUGGCAAACAUGAAAAUUCUGAACCAUCAUGUCAGAUGACAGGACAGUCGCUGGAAGACCCUGCACUAGCAACAGCACCCAGCAUUUUUAUUUUCAGUGAAACAAAUGCAAUGAAAUGUAAGACAGGCGACUGUCCAUUUACACUGAAUGUGGAGCUGAGUGGACUUUGUGAACGCUGUCAUAAUGCCAGGCAUUCUCAGCUAGGCAGUAGUACUGAAAGAGCUAGGACCUCUGACAUAAUUAGGUGUAAUAUAUGUUUCCAGGAUGCCACUAGGACUUUUAAUGGCAUUUGCAGCUCUUGCUUUAAACGGACUACAGAACUCUCCCACAAUUCAAGCAUUCCCCCUUUGCUUCAUCAGAGGUCCGUCUCUGACCCUGUCAAUUGGUCAUGGAGUAUUGUGAAUCUAUCAGGUCAAGAGGCCACAAGCAAUGAGACUUGUACAUCAGCCACUAGUUCACCUUCUGUAGAAGAGAGGACUCCUAACCAAAAAUGUAGAAAAGCUGGCUGCCAGUAUUUUGGUACACUACAAAAUCAAGGAUUUUGCACUUUAUGCUUCUUUGAAUAUAAAGAAAACAGAGGAGUUAAUUCCAGUCGAUCUAACAGAACAUCACAAAGCAAUGUCAGCGUGGCUGCAUUCAAGAACAUGACCCGGUGCUUGGGCCGCGAGUGCAGCACAUUAGGUAGUACGUUGUUUGAGGGGUUCUGCCAGAAAUGCUUUAUUGAAGCCCAGAACCAAAGAUACCAUGAAGCAAGAAGUACAGAAGAGCGGAUAAAAAGACAAACAGAGAGAUCUGGACAAAAUCGGGCUGGUAAUCACAUGAAACUAUGUGCCAGGGAUGUCUGCAGAAACCCGGUGACAAGCAAAAAUGAUGAACUUUGUGAACAAUGCAAGAAUAGAGGUGCGCAUCACUCAUCUGGAGAAGAUACACCUAAACUGCGCUGUAGGGCACCAGGAUGUGAUCACUAUGGUAACAACAAGUGCAAUGGUUAUUGUAAUGAAUGCUACCAGUUCAAACAGAUGUAUGGAUAGUUUGGAAAAGCCUGGAUACCCGUUACCACAAAAUGGUGCUACUUUCUAAACACUCUAUAGCAGGACAUUGCGGAAGAGACUACUUUAUACUUGGUUUUGGUUAAAGGGGUUGUCCAAGUACAAUAAAAACUGUAAAUGGUCUAAAAUAAUAAAAGAAGGGAUUCCUUUUCUUCCCUACUUCUGCCAGCGUCGUCCUCCCUGCUGCUGUUUGUUUUCCUGGCUGCAGAGGUGAUAUUCCAUGCACACAAGACACCGCCGUAGCCAAUUACUGGCCUCAGCAUUUAUGCCAUGUGUGCUGCCAGACUACAAUCUAGUGCAGAGAUCAGCAACCUUCGGCACCCCAGCUGUGGUGAAACUACAACUCCCAGCAUGCACAUUUGCUUGGCUAUUCUCAGAACUCCCACAGAAGUGAAUGGAGCAUACUGCCUGACUUUUUAUCGCUUUUUAACAACCCCUUUGGAGCAUACCUAAACUUUAAUUUAAUUUUUCAUAAUUCAAUCAGUGUCUCUGAAUUGGCUAAUCAAAUCUGUCCACUGGACAGAUCAUCCUACAGCAGACAGACGGGAGAGAGACUAGAUGCAGCUGCAUCAUCAAGUGAGAGAUUUUUUUCACCCCAGAGCUUUUCACCCAAUGAUCCAGCUCUGGGGAGACAUAAAUCACCAGUAGUCGCUGCAUCUCAGUCAUCCUCCUCCCCACUCCCAAUAGACUUCAGUCGUCUGUGUACACACUUCCCUGUGUGGAUUUGCUCAGUCAUUUCAGAGACAAUGAUCAGGUCAGGGGAAGGGAAAUAUGUGUAGAAACAGGCACUUUUUUAAAAUAAAAUAUAUUACAAAGUUCACUGUUAUCACCAAUGCUAUUGAAUUAUGAAAACUAAAAGUUUAGGUGUGCUUUUAAGGUAUUUCCUUUUGUAUAUAUCUCAGUACUAUCGUCUAUGUAAAUAAACAUGUGAAAUCAAUGUUCUUAUGCUGCAAACAAUGUUUAACAUUACUGUUUCUUUAAAAGAUUUAUUUUUAUGCAUUUGUAAGAGUGGUUGGUUACGUGUUGUUGGGAUAUUUAUGCUUCUGUAAUAUUGUAGUAAAUGAUAAUAGAUAACAAUCAGAUUACACCAAUGACAGUUGAUGUUAUGGUACGUACUGUGUAUAAAGUAUAUGAUCUUUUUCUGCCAUA